AGGAUGAUGGACGCGGAUGAUGAUGGCGGCGGCGGUUGGCUCCUCCUCUCCUGGCUCUCCUCCGGCGUCAUGGUGGUCGGCGGCGUUGUGCCGUACAUCCCCCAAUAUCAGGAGAUUCGGAGGACCUCCAGCACUGACGGCUUCUCCACCGGGGUGUGUCUGGUGCUGCUGGUGGCCAAUAUCCUGCGGAUCUUCUUCUGGUUUGGGAAGUUCUUCGAGUUCCCGUUAUUGCUGCAGAGCGUCCUCAUGAUCGGCGCCAUGCUCGCCAUCCUCCACCUGUGCUGCGCCACCCAGACCGCCAACCGCGUCUCCACCAAACAACGCAACUUCACAGGUGAG